AAGGAGUACAAUAACAGCGAUAAGCAAACUACUAAUCUUAGCUAAUAUUUAGUUGGAGCAGCAAUCUACGUUUAAUAAAGUGAGUGAAAUUUUUAUACCAAAAAGAAUUUAAAAAAAAGUUUGAAAGUGAUCGUAUUGAAAGUUUAACGCAAAAAACAAAACAUAAACAAAACUAAAAUAAAAAAAACUGCUAGUCGUAUAAAAAAGUCAAUCCAAAUACUUCAGUUUACAUCCAGUCAAAGUUCACUAUUUUAAAGAAGUUUGACUACCACUGUAGUGUUACAUGAAACCAAAAUAUGGCGAAAAUAAUCAACAAACCCGCCCUAAGCAUUUUUACUAUCCUACUGCAUUCAGCACUUGCGGUGCAAGCAGAGCCACAACUCGAUCUGCCACCUCUAAAUCCAGACACGCAGGAUCCAACGCUCUACUACAAUGCGCUCACACCUAGAACACCAGCAAGUCCACAACAAACGCUAGGCGAUUUGGAUCGCAGUCAACGUUAUGGGCCACCAUACUCCAUCGAUGGAGUGAAUGAUGAUGGCGCUGAUGAUUUUAGAAACGGCCAGACGUACGAUGAGCGCAUGCGCUACGGUUAUGCCUAUCCGGCAAGGCAGCCGAACUUUACACGCCCUGUCGCUGAUUCACCCUUCUCUGACUACAAUAACAAUAAUAUAGGACAACAGCAACGCGAUAAUUAUCGUUUCCCCAAUCAUAAUUAUGAUAAUCCAAGUGAUCGCUUCAAUAACAACAAUCGGUAUGCAGAUGGUUUUGAUGAUCGCCAGCAAGAUCGCUUCAACAAUCCAACUAAUGAAUACAACGCACGCUUUAAUGGAAAUCAACCACCAGUUGGAAGCGAUUUUGAACCAAAUAGUCCCUUCAAUCCGAAUAAUCCUUAUAACAAUGAUCGUAGUCGCUUUGAGAAUCCUUUCCGUCCAAAUCAAGAUCGUUUUAAUUUGAAUAAUGAUCGUUACUUUGAGAGGCAACGUUUCCAACAAGAUCGCCGCUAUCAAAUUGAAUUGGAGAAACUGCGUAAUUUGCUGGUCGAGACUGAUCACAAAGGAUCGCUGGAGUGUACAGCAAAUGUGGCAGCGCAAUGGAACUUUGAGACAAAUGUGAAUGAGAUAACGCAAGCGCAAGCGCUCAAUGCCCAACAAAAUUAUGUUGACUUUCUGCGC